AUGGACCAAAUAUGCAAGGAGUAUGCAGCCACAGGCAAAUGCAGCAGAAAGAGCACAUGCACUAGCAAGCAUGCAAGGGACGUGGUAAUUGAAGAGGAGAAGUGUCUUCUGUGCGCUAGGCCUGCCCAGUGCGUGACUGUCUGCAAACACUUCUUUUGCUACGACUGCGCAAGAGGAUUUAUCACACAGUCCACAAAAUGCAUAAUAUGCGAUGAAGAGACAAAUGGAGUAGUAUUUAUCACUGUGAAUGAAAGCCCAAAAAAGAACCAGAGAAAAUAG